AUGCAACCAGGUUUCUAUGAUAUUGAAACGGAAAUGUGUACACCAGAAUUGGAUGAUGUUAAAGAAUAUAUGCCACCAGAAAUUGAAAAAAAUGUCGCCGAAAAACGGCCGAUUUCCAUGUUUAUCACUGUUUAUCUAAUGGAUCUCGAACAACGCAGCGGUGAAUCAUACAUUUCGGAAUUCGGGAAAGCAUUAUUACGAAAACGUAUGGCACAAAAUACGAUAGCAUGUUUUAUAAUGGGAAUUGAUGUGAAACUUGCAUAA